AUGGCACCUAGAUAUCGUCGCGUUGCUGUCAUUGGCACAGGCCCUUCCGGCCUCUCCGCCGUCAAAGCUCUCCAUGACGAGAAUACCUUCGACACAAUUAGAGUCUUUGAGCGACGCGACCGUGUUGGAGGCAUCUGGCACUAUGACCCGACCCCAGACCCAUUCUAUGCCCCUGGUAGCCCAUUACAGACUCCCAACGAGGUCCCUACCAGUCUUCCCCAAUUCACCUCUCCACGCCCGGAAGACACCAGUGCCAGAACAGGCAUCUAUUCCCACCUCGACAGCAAUGUCGGUUCCAAAACAAUGGCCUUCACCCACACGCCAUUUCCAGAGAUAAACUCAUCAACGUCAAUCAAGAUCCUCGGCCCAUCCAAUCCCUCCCGUCCCUUCCGCGUCGUGGCCAACUACCUCGAGGACCUCUUUACUCCGUACCUCCACCUCGUCUCGCUAAGCACGACAGUUGAACGAGUCGAAAAGACCGGACAAGAAUGGACACUUACCCUCCGCAAAACCGCCCAGCUCUACCGCGGCCUCCCCCAGGACUACUGGUGGACCGAGACCUUCGACGCCGUGAUCGUCGCAUCAGGCCACUACAACGUGCCCUCCAUCCCACCCAUCCCAGGCCUAUCCACAACAGCCUCAACACACCCCAACGCCUUCGAACACGCCAAAGCCUUCCGCCACGCCGACAACUACACUAACAAGCGCGUGCUGAUUGUCGGCGGCAACGUCUCCGCCGCCGACCUCGUCACAGAACUCCACGAGAUCGUCUCCGGCCCUCUAUACAUCAGCCAGCGCGGGAUCAACCCCGCCCUCGAAAACGCCUGGACCCUGCCCAACGUUCAGCGCAAGCCCACUCUAUCUCGCCUUGAACCCACCACACCAUCAAGCAGCACAAACAACACCGUAACAGCCCAUUUCACCGACGGCACCAAGCUCGAAUCCAUCGACCGAGUGAUCUUCGCUACCGGCUACACCGCAUCGUACCCCUUCCUUGUCCCGGACCCCGUCACCGCUAACAACCGCGUCGCGGGCUUCUACCAGCACAUCUUCCGCAUCACGGAUCCGUCACUGGCUCUGGUGGGCCAGGUGCGUGCUGCUCUUAGCUUCCGCGUCUACGAGUACCAGGCUGUUGCAGUGGCGAGAUACUUCUCCGGUCGGGCGAAGGAGCUGCCGAGUCAGGCGGAGCAGGAUCGGUGGGAGUUUGAGCGACUGAAGUAUAAAGGAAAUGGAGUUGCGUUCCAUGAAAUUAAGCCGGAUUUUAGGGAGUAUUUUGAGGCGCUGUUGGGCAUUGCUGGGGAGGGGGCUGGAUUGCCGCCGUUUGAGGAUAAGUGGGCGGAUGAGGCGUUUGAGAUCUUGAAGGCGAAGGAUGAGUAUUGGUCGAGGUUGAAGAGGGGUCAGGAUAGGGCUAAGUUGUAGGUAGCUGUAUGUCUGGGGUAAUCCAAUCCGAGAUUGGGUACACAGGAUUGCUUUCGG